GUUGGGCCUGAUACCACAGCAGUGGGGGUGGGGUGUAGGUGUUACUGUAAAAUGCAACUUGGAUAAAAGGAAGACCUCUCGCCAAGGGCCCCAAUGAGUGGCACACAGUCAACUAUCACCGACAGGUUUCCCCUCAAAAAACCUAUAAGGCAUGGAAGUAUUUUGAAUCGAGAGUCACCAACAGAUAAGAAGCAGAAAGUUGAACGCAGUGGGUCACAUGAUUUUGAUCCCGCAGAUAGCUCCUCCAAGAAGACAAAGUCUAGUUCAGAGGAGAGUAGAUCCGAGAUAUAUGGUCUUGUUCAGCGUUGUGUGAUCAUCCAGAAGGAUGACAAUGGAUUUGGGCUGACGGUCAGUGGAGACAAUCCUGUCUUCGUACAGUCUGUCAAAGAAGAUGGAGCAGCCAUGCGGGCUGGAGUACAGACAGGUGAUAGAAUCAUCAAGGUGAAUGGAACUUUGGUGACUCACUCAAACCAUUUGGAGGUGGUGAAGCUAAUUAAAUCUGGUUCCUAUGUAGCUCUCACUGUUCAGGGACGCCCACCUGGGUCGCCCCAGAUUCCACUUGCCGAUUCUGAAGUAGAGCCAUCAGUCGUUGGACAUGUGUCUCCCAUCAUGACAUCCCCUCAUUCACCUGGAGCAUCUGGGAAUAUGGAGAGAAUUACUAGUCCUGUGCUCAUGGGGGAGGAGAACAAUGUGGUUCAUAACCAGAAAGUAGAAAUUCUGAGAAAAAUGUUACGAAAAGAACAGGAACGGCUACAGUUAUUGCAGGAGGAUUAUAACCGAACACCUGCCCAAAGAUUAUUAAAAGAGAUCCAAGAGACCAAGAAACACAUUCCUCAGCUCCAGGAACAGUUAUCUAAAGCCACAGGCUCUGCUCAGGAUGGAGCUGUAGUUAUAUCUUCCAAGCCUUUAGGUGACACACUAACAGUCAGUGAGGUAGAAGCAGAUCCUGGUGAUGAACUAUUCAGAAUUGACUAUGGCAGUGGAGAUGCUUCUUGGCCCAGUAGUGACAGUGCAGAUAGUCCCAAGAGUGGCUUGAAAGAGAUUAUCUAGAGGAAACACGGAGAGAAUGAAGUAAUUCAGGACACUGACACUCAAUCAGUUAUCGGGAGUCCCUCAACUCGUAUAGCACCUCAUAUUAUUGGAGCAGAGGAUGAUGAUUUUGGUACUGAACAUGAACAGAUCAAUGGGCAGUGCAGCUGUUUCCAGAGCAUUGAAUUGCUAAAAGCUCGCCCUGCUCACUUGGCUGUUUUUUUACACCAUGUAGUUUCACAGUUUGACCCUGCAACGUUGCUCUGUUAUCUCUACUCGGACCUUUAUAAACAGACCAAUUCCAAGGAGAAUCGUAGCGUCUUCCUUGAGUUUCAUCAAUUCUUCCUGGAUCGAUCUGCACACCUGAAAGUUUCUGUUCCUGAUGAAAUAUCAGUAGAUCUCGAGAAAAGAAGGCCCGAGCUUAUUCCUGAAGAUCUGCAUCGCCAUUAUAUUCAAACCAUGCAAGAAAGAGUCCACCCAGAAGUUCAGAGGCACUUGGAAGAUUUUCGGCAGAAACGGAGCAUGGGGCUGACCUUGGCUGAAAGCGAACUGACUAAACUUGAUGUAGAACGAGAAAAGGACCGGGUAACUUUGGAGAAGGAACGAGCAUGUGCAGAACAGAUUGUUGCCAAAAUUGAAGAUGUGCUGAUGACUGCUCAGGCUGUAGAAGAAGAUAAGAGUUCGACAAUACAGUAUGUUAUUUUCGUGUACAUGAAGCAUUUGGGAGUAAAAGUAAAAGAACCCCGAAAUUUAGAGCACAAGCGGGGUCGGAUUGGAUUCCUUCCAAAAAUCAAGCAAAGUAUGAAGAAAGACAGGGAAGGCGAAGAAAAAGGGAAACGAAGAGGAUUCCCCAGCAUCUUGGGACCCCCAAGGAGGCCAAGCCGUCAUGACAACAGUGCAAUUGGCAGAGCCAUGGAACUACAGAAACAGCGCCACCCUAAGCACUUAACCACACCCUCAUCUGUGAGUCCUGAACCUCAGGACUCUGCUAAGUUGCGCCAGAGUGGGUUAGCAAGUGAAGGAGCAGACAUUGGAUACCUGCCAGCCAAUUCCAUGUCCUCUAUGGUUUUAGGGGCCACUCUUUCCCAGGAAGGAGGAAAAGAGAAUGAUAUGGGAUCAAAGCAAGUUGGAGAAACAUCAGCAUCUGGAGACUCCUUAGAUAGCACACCUCGUGCUUCCAAUACUAUAUUUGAUUUUCUACCUCCUCCAUUAGAUCAAGUGCAGGAGGAGGAAUGGGAAGUAGAAAGGAUGACUGAGCAUGGGACACCAAAGCCCUUUCGAAUGUUUGACAGCAUAGCUUUUGGAGAAAGUCAAAGUGAGGAUGAACAGUUUGAAAAUGACUUAGAGACAGAUCCACCCAACUGGCAACAGUUGGUUAGUAGAGAAGUGUUACUGGGACUAAAGCCUUGUGAGAUAAAAAGACAGGAAGUAAUUAAUGAAUUGUUUUACACUGAAAGAGCUCACGUUCGAACACUGAAGGUUCUUGAUCAAGUGUUCUAUCAACGAGUGUCCAGAGAAGGAAUUCUGUCACCUUCAGAACUACGGAAAAUUUUUUCAAACUUGGAAGAUAUCCUUCAACUUCACAUUGGGUUGAAUGAGCAAAUGAAGGCUGUUCGAAAAAGGAAUGAUACCUCUGUUAUUGAUCAAAUUGGGGAAGAUUUAUUGACCUGGUUCAGUGGACCAGGAGAGGAGAAGUUGAAACAUGCUGCUGCUACCUUUUGCAGUAACCAACCUUUUGCCCUGGAAAUGAUCAAAUCUCGUCAAAAAAAGGAUUCUCGAUUCCAGACUUUUGUGCAAGAUGCGGAGAGUAAUCCACUGUGUCGUCGUCUGCAGCUGAAGGACAUCAUUCCCACCCAGAUGCAGAGGCUCACUAAGUACCCUCUUCUCCUGGAUAAUAUCGCCAAAUACACAGAGUGGCCAUUGGAAAGGGAGAAGGUGAAGAAAGCUGCAGAUCAUUGUCGUCAGAUCUUAAAUUAUGUAAAUCAGGCUGUCAAAGAGGCAGAAAACAAGCAGCGCUUAGAAGAUUAUCAGCGUCGUCUUGAUACCUCCAAUCUGAAGUUGUCAGAGUACCCAAAUGUUGAAGAGUUCAGGAAUUUGGAUUACAAAAGGAAGAUGAUUCAUGAAGGGCCAUUGGUUUGGAAGGUGAAUAGAGAUAAAACUAUUGAUCUAUACACAUUGCUGCUGGAGGAUAUCCUUGUAUUGUUACAAAAGCAGGAUGAUAGACUGGUGUUAAGGUGUCAUAGUAAGAUUCUGGCAUCUACAGCUGAUAGCAAACACACAUUUAGCCCUGUCAUUAAGUUAAAUACAGUGUUGGUUCGACAAGUGGCAACAGAUAAUAAAGCUUUAUUUGUCAUCUCCAUGUCAGACAAUGGAGCCCAAAUUUAUGAACUGGUGGCACAGACAGUUUCUGAAAAGACUGUCUGGCAGGACCUAAUCUGUCGGAUGGCUGCAUCAGUGAAGGAGCAAUCCACGAAGCCUAUUCCAUUGCCACAGUCACCACCUUGCGAAGGAGACAAUGAUGAAGAAGAACAUCCAAAAUUAAAAGUGGAACAUCAUGGCAUUUCAGUCACUGGUUUGCAGAGUCCAGACAAAGAUUUGGGGUUAGAGUCUCCAUUAAUGUCGUCAAAACAUCAAUCUCAUUCCCUGGGUACCUCUGGGAAAUCAGAGGUAGAUGAUCUCUUUGUGGCUGAGAGAGAGUUUGCAAAGGAGCAGCGUGCAGAUGGGACUCUAAAGGGAAUUGGAGUAAAUUAUCAAAGCAAAAUCCAAGAUCCACAUUUGCCUGUCUCAGAAGAACGGUGGGCAUUGGAUGCACUAAGAAAUUUGGGUUUGUUGAAGCAGUUGCUGGUACAAAGGCUGGGUUUGACUGAGAAGAGCACUCAGGAAGAUUGCCCACAUUUCUCAAGACACAGGACAGCCUCUCCCGGGAUGCAGGCAGACAGUGGAACCCAGAACUUUGAAAAUAUUGACAUCUAUCAUCCUGGUGAAGAACAGAUGCCCUUUAGAACUGGAAUUGAUGUCAUUUCAACCUGUUACAGUCCACGGACUUCAACUGAAUCUUACACUCCACGGGAUUCAGUGGUACUGGCAUUCCAAGAUAGCCAGGCAAGUAACAUUUUAGUAAUGGACCACAUGCUUAUGACCCCAGAGAUUGUUCCUGCAGAGCCAGAAGGAGGUCUUGAUGAGAGUGGAGAGCGCUUUUUUGAUGCCCGUGAAGCACAUAGUGAUGAUAAUCCAUCAGAAGGUAAUGGAGCAGUUAAAAAGGAAGAGAAGGAUGUUAAUUUACACAUCUCAGGAAACUAUUUGAUCCUUGAUGGCUAUGAAACAGUACAGGAGAGCUCCACAGAUGAGGAGGUUGCUUCCUCUCUUCCCCUGCAACCCAUGACAGACCUCCGAGCCUCUAUGGACUCUACCCACCAUCAGCAACAUUCUCCCCAGAAUGCUCAUUCUGAUGGGGCAAUUUCACCAUUCACCCCAGAAUUCCAGGCCCAGCAGCACUGGGGCAUUAUGGAGGAUUCCUGUUUUGAGAUCCAGAGUACCUCCACUUGUGCAGAUUCACAAAGCCAGAUCAUGGAGUACAUUCGUAAGAUAGAGGCUGACCUUGAACACUUAAAGAAGGUGGAGGAAAGUUACGCUACUCUUUGCCAAAGGCUGACUGGAUCAGCCCUCACAGACAAGCAUUCAGAUAAAAGUUAGAGCUACGUGUCCUGAAGGUGGUUGGCUUUUGAGCAUCGAACUUGUAUCAGCACAUCCUGGCUCCAGUGUGGACGAAGAGAGAUUGUGUGACAGAGGAUCUGCCUGUGAAGCCCCUGGGGGUUAGCUAUGUGUCAGGGGACCAGAGCAAGACUAGUUCUUCACAGUCUGGCAGCUGCACCUAUUCAGUGAGGGAAUGUCCAUUCUCUCACUCCGCUCUCCUCACUAUCUGAAAUUCAUUUUGAUUCAGAACAAAAACCAAAUGUGUAGAGCUUUGGGUUUAGGAUAUGAAAUUUUACUUAGUCAUGAAAAAAGGAGAAAAUUGAUAUAUUUAUUUGACUUCAUUCCAUAUUGAUAGCACAUUUUAAUUUUAUUUUGCCAUGUUUUGUUUUAAUUGACUAGUGAGAGUUUUUAGCCCUUUGUAUUUAGUACACCCAAGGAUCAAUUUGCUCCUGAAAGCAAAGAGUUUAAGAUGGGUAUUAGGAGGUUGGGUAAGAAAGGUAAAGAGAGAAGGAAGGAAGAAGGGGAGGGGAGGAACAUCCAAUCUUCACUAACCUGUAUCCCAUACCGUCUGCUGUCUAGGGGGCUGCUUUUCUGAUGGUCCACCUCAAAGGCAUAGUAUUCCUGUAGCUCUUAUGUGCAGAGGGCUUGAGCUGUGUGCUAUCCCUGGGCAGUGAGUAGGUGGGCUACCUCCUGAGGCAGGCACCUCUUUUCUAGUUGGGAUCGACCCCCAGUUAACAGGAAUCCUCAGUGUACUAAAUAGCAGGCACUUGAAAUGGGUAUGUUUUCUUCUAUUGUCUUCUUUUCUGUGAGGGUUGGGAUUUUGGGAGGGAGAGGAAAGCAAAUUUUAUUUUCUUGACUAUAAAUUGUUGAUUUCUUGAUACUGUUUUCAUUUUAUAAUUAUACAUUAGACUUUGGCACUUGUGUAAAAUUAUUCCUGCGGAUGAGCAGGGCAGUAAAAAGAAAAGAAAUGGAGAUGCUUCAGAUGGUUGGCAGGGUUGGGGUUUGCUAAGUAAGGGUGGGACGGGAUCAGGUAAAAAGUUUGGGGAAGGUUUAUCUAACUGAAUCAACUACUGAGUUGAACAAUGGCUAUCAUUCGCCAUGGGUACUGCUGAUUAUAAGGCCAGUAAAACUUAGUACCUGGAGAUUUGACUCUAUAAUUUUUGCACUGAUGGUGCCAAAGGGCCUCUUGGGUUAAAAGGAGAGCCAAGAGUGGAGUGGAGAAAGAUGUGGAGAAGGCAGAGCUGUUCAAACCAGCUCCAGAAGCACUUCCUCUGACUUCACUGCUGGAACUUUUUCCACACUGGUGCCUGACCUAAAAAUUGCAGACCAGAACAUACACUGGAUACUGCAGGCAAGGUAUUGGUCACUGCCUGCUCUAGAAUGAAUGCUAGUAUUGGCAGCACCCUACAGAGGAUACCUGUUUCAGAAUUGUAACUUGAGAACUCCUUCAAUUUAUUGGUUUUCUGUGGUUUUGUUUGUGCAUCGAGUAUAUAUGUUUUGAAUUAGUUUUGCCAACUAAAACUAAAUCGUUUGUCAAAUCUUAAAAUUCUGUUAAUAUGAAGGAGUUCAUUCCACUGCUCUUAUCUUUCAGUAGUGCCCUCUGAACUCUGUGGGUAGUCAGCAUGUAAUUUUAUUCUUCCCUGCAGUCGUGUGUGUGUGUGUGUGUGUGUGUGUGUGUAUACAACUUGUCAUAAAUGAUAAGGAUUCCCAAUUACUUGUACAAACACCACUACAUCUUAAACAACUCACCUAUGUCCAGAUUCCUGUUUUUGUCUUUUCAAAAUGGAUCUGUUUUUACGUAGACUGAUCAACUUGGAUCGUUGGACCUCAUCUAUAGAGUUAUAUUUUGGGUUGUAGACCAAGUAUAAAUUAAAUCACAACGGGAUUAAAUGUUUAGAAGCAGAAGCUAAUAUAUAAGUGGAAUUUGAACUUUGCGUAUCUUUUAAGACAAGCAAGUAGAAAACCAAAGGGUUACAUUGUGCUGCUGGAAAUAAUGUAGUCACACUCUCAACUAAAAGGGUUUCAUCUGUAGCCACUUGACACUAAUACAAUCAGUGGGCAGUUAAUCAGGAAAAAGGUAAUAUAAAUGGAACUUUCAUCUUAACUUCAGACACUACAGUAAAAUUACCCUACUUCUUCUGUGGCACUCAUUCAGGAAGCUUUGUAGGUUAGCAAAGUUUUGGUUUCUCUUCUAUCUAGUUCAGUCAAUAUCUUGUCCUAGCAACUAUUUGCUUUCUUUUCCUGAAGUUUAACCUCUACUUGGAACAAAAACAGGGCUAACUGGAAAAAUACUUUUACCAUAGCUCUGGUACUAUCAAUAAAUAUUUAUCUAGAUUUUCAAUGAAGCCCCAAAAUGAAGUCUAAUUAUGAAAAAACAACCCACAAUUUUUGAGUGUUCUUUUUUUAUCUUACUUAACAUCUUCCUUCCUCCUUCCCAGCCUGGCCUCCUGUCUUCCAAUUUCAUUUAGGCCAUUAUAAUCACAUCCAUUUUAUUUUAAUACUAUAUCUGCCUUUCAGGACAAUGGAAUUAGAUAUUCAUUCUGUCCUUGAGUGGAACUAGUUUACCAUCAAAGUCAUUUUUCUCAAAGUUAAGUGACAAGAAGUUGAAAUCUACUUCCACACGGAAGAAUCCAAAGGUAGUGGACAAAGCAAUCUUCCCAGAGCAGGAGAGCUGGGUUUAGCUAUUGAAGUGACCUGCCAUGACCCUGUGCUCACUCCUUUGCCUUUAAGUGGCAGAUUAAUUUGGAGUGUCUCCUUCCUUUUCAGUGAACAGAUUUAAUCAAGGCAAAUUAUUAAACACAGAAGUGCUAUAAUUUAAAAUAUUGAUUACUACCCUAGAAGCUUCAUAUUUUACAUACUUUAAAAUAAGCUAAUUUGGACUGCUUAAGUUAUUUUGGCUCUUAGAUCCUAAACUGUAUUCUGUUACUACUACAUGGAAGGUAUAUUUCACAAGCUUUUUCUCUCCCCCCUAACCCCAACAAUUAACAACUGUUAGAAAGGAUGAGUCUCUUUUAAAAAUUUUUUCUACUUUUUUUUUGGGAGGGGGCGGGCAGGGGGCUAAUAUGAGAGAGCAGAAAAAUCUUUUUUUUCUGAUUUUUAAAAGCUAAAGAAAAUAUGCUUCCUGGGUUAAUCUUUUAUUUACUUUUUUUUCUUUUUGAUGUUGGUAAAUUUGAUGUACUAAGAUGGAGCUUCUAUAUUUCAAACGGAAAGCUGUCUUCUCUGAAGGUGGUAUAUGCUGUUAUUUUGAGCUACUAGAGCUUUGGUCAAUAUUUUCUUCCCUGUAUGUCACCAGAAGCCACCAUUGAGGAACUGGGCAACAGAGAACCUCAAAUUAGAACAGUUAGGAGACCUUCCAGUCAUCUUUUUGCAGGCUGUUUUUUACCCCUAGUAUUACAAUUUUUGUUUUGUAAAUCAUGUUGUUUCCCUCCCCCUUUGCAAUGUGAUCUACAAAAUUGUUCUUCCUCAAGGAAAGAGUUCCUUUUGCUUCGUUCCUUAUGCCUUCCCCACUGGUACUGAUGGUUUUGAUAAUAAAUUGGUAAGAAAAAAAUGUACCUCCUAAAAAGAAGCUCUUCCCGCCAUUUCCACGUGCCAACGGCUAAGCAGAUGUACUGCAAAAAUAGCUAAAGUGCACACUGUUGGUUUUUUUUGAUAAGCCUCUUCCUACUAGAAUAUUUUGUUUACCUUGUUCACCAUACAAUCAUGUACUCUUUAACAUAGCUUACUUUUAAAAAUCUGGAACUAUCUUCAAAAACACUUGAUUAAUAAUCAUGUAGUUUUACUGAUCACAUUUUGAAAUACCUAAAAGACUUUAUUGCUCUAAGUAUCCAAAUGUACCUUUGUAAAAUAGAUCUUAUAUGAAUUAGCUGAUAAGGCUGUAUGUUUCUGGAACAAAAAUAUUGGUCAUCUAAAAACUUUGUUUUCUGGGGUCUGGGAAAAUAGAAAAUGAGAGUUCAAAUAUUAAAUAUGCUAAAAGGAA